AUGGAGGAAUCAGAUACUACCGCAGCCCAUCUAGUUGUUAAUAACGUUACUCAGUAUGACGAAGCUUUGUAUAGAUUACCUCCUGACCCACCCAGAAUAUAUGAUAGCGAGGGUCGAGAGAUCACUGGCAACUUGGCUGGACCUUAUCGAGAAGGACAGGAGCUCAAGCUGUCCUGCCAGGCUCCUGGUGGUAAGCCCUUACCCGAUAUCACUUGGUACCAUGGCAAUGAACGUCUAAGCAUCGCUAGGGGCUCGCUCAAUUGUCAAGUGCACAUAAAAAGCUUGUCACGUGAAACGAGUGGGGCAAAAUUACGGUGCAGAGUUGACCCGCCCCUAUUGCAGCACUUAGUCAAAGAUGUUUCGCUUAAAGUUUAUUGGAAGUACAUUACGCUUACGCAGGUGGAAGUUGAUGGUCAAUUAACAAGAAGUAUUCUGACUUGGCGUGUAAGACGAGAAAAUAGUGGGAGAGAGUUGGUCUGCCGUGUUUCCAACCCAUGGUUCCCAGCCUAUACUCUAGAAGAUUCUAGUACUACUAGAAGUUUUUUGUGCAUAAAUUUUUUACGGAUGAAGCAUGACGAAGAUGUGCCGCUGCACAUCUUUUUGUCGAGGAAAAGAGAGAGAGCGAAUAAGAUCGAUUGAGAGAGAGUGAGAAAGAGAGAUCGAGAAAAAAUACACGCUAUUGGUUGAUGUAUUCGUUUAGUAGUUACAUAUUA